AUGAGCUGGGAUAAUGAAAAAACGUUAAGUUUCAUAAAAGAGUAUGAAAGGCGGCCUAUUUUAUGGAGAAAAAAUGAUAAAUUGUAUUAUAAUAUCGUCAAAAAAGAGGAUGCCUGGCGAGAAAUCGCAUCCAUAUUUGAAGAGGACAUUGCAGUGCUGAAAAAGAAAAUUGAGAGUCUGAGAGGUUCGCGGCGCAGGGAAAAGACCCGUAUGCUAACCAGUAUGAGGACUGGUACAGGCCGCAAAGACGUUUACGUUUCUAAGUGGUUUGCUUGGGAUAGUUUUAAAGUUUCUGGAGGAUCCAGAGGAGCUUCGGAAUACAAUAUCAAGCAUUCCGACCACUCACAAGUUUUAGAAAAUGAACACACGGCAGAAUCAACAGAAGACGACGUGCAAAGGAAUUCUGAUAAUAGUACUAAGGAUGACCAAGUCGAAAGAAAUAUUGCUUUGAGUAAAAAAAUAAUCAACCCAAAAGAAAAAAGUUUAUAUCUCCCAAGCGUGUUGUAA